AUGACUGAGAAUAUGAAGGAAUGCUUGGCGCAAACCAAGGCUGCUGUGGGGGACAUGGUGACGGUGGUGAAGACAGAGGUCUGCUCUCCACUGCACGACCAGGAGUAUGGCCAGCCCUGCUCUAGAAGACCAGAUCCAUCUGCCAUGGACGUUGAGCCCAAGAAACCGAAGGGAAAGCGUGACCUCAUCGUGCCCAAAAACUUCCAGCAAGUAGACUUCUGGUUCUGUGAGUCCUGCCAGGAGUACUUUGUGGACGAAUGCCCGAACCACGGCCCCCCAGUGUUUGUGUCCGACACUCCUGUGCCCAUGGGCAUCCCCGACCGGGCAGCUCUCACCAUCCCGCAGGGCAUGGAGGUGGUCAAGGAAGCCAAUGGCGAGAAGGACGUGCGGUGCAUCAACGAGGUCAUCCCCAAGGGCCACAUCUUUGGUCCCUACGAGGGGCAGAUCUCCACCCAGGACAAGUCGGCUGGCUUCUUCUCGUGGCUGAUAGUGGACAAAAACAACCGGUACAAGUCCAUAGAUGGGUCUGAUGAGACGAAAGCCAACUGGAUGAGGUACGUGGCCAUCUCCAGGGAGGAGAGGGAGCAGAACCUGCUGGCGUUCCAGCACAGUGAGCGCGUGUACUUCCGGGCGUGCAGGGACAUCCGGCCUGGGGAGCGGCUGCGGGUCUGGUACAGCCCGGACUACAUGAAGCGCCUGCACAGCAUGUCCCAGGAGACCAUCCACCGCAACCUGGCCAGAGGAGAGAAGAGGUUGCAGAGGGAGAAGUCUGAGCAGGCUCUGGAUAACCCAGAAGACCUGAGGGGUGCCAUACAGCUCCCCGUGUUGAGACAGGGCAAAAGUCCCUACAAGCGUGGCUUUGAUGAAGGGGAUAUGCACCCCCAGACCAAGAAGAAGAAGAUUGACCUCAUUUUCAAGGACGUGCUGGAGGCCUCAUUGGAAACAGCGAAGGUAGAAGCCCACCAGCUGGCACUGAGCACCUCACUGGUCAUCCGGAAAGUUCCCAAGUACCAGGAUGAGGCCUACAGUCGAUGUGCGGCGGCCAUGUCCCAUGCACAGAAUGUCAGCCGGACCCAAGGGGAAGGGGAUUGGAAGAUCCCCCAAGGGGCUCCCAAGGAACCAGGCCCACUGGAGGAUGAGGAAGAGGAGCCUUCAUCAUUCAAGGCUGACAGUCCUGCCGAGGCCUCCCUGGCAUCUGACCCUCAUGAGCUCCCCACCACCUCCUUCUGCCCUAACUGUAUUCGCUUAAAGAAGAAGGUCCGGGAACUCCAGGCAGAACUAGACAUGCUUAAGUCUGGGAAGCUUCCUGAGCCCCCCGUAUUGCCACCGCAGGUACUGGAGCUCCCCGAGUUCUCAGACCCUGCAGGUAAGUUGGUCUGGAUGCAAUUUUUCUCAGAGGGUUGA